AUACCUGGAGCCCGCUUCAAAUCUCGUUUUGUCGGUAAAUACAGUUUUGUUUGCACUCGAUGGAAUCAAUUCGUAGUUUGGAGUUUGGUUUAGCGAACGCUGCACGCGCCGGUGGACAGGAGUGCAAAGACGAGUGAACUGUUGCCGCCGCAAUACUUUACCCACUAAUUUUGGACUGUUGCAUACCCGCCCUUGUAAUUGACCAGCGAAGUCGAUACCUGUUCGAUACUUCAUUGAGCAACGUGCUUGAAGACGCCAACACUCUGCUCGCGGUAUAAUUGAACGCAAAUAGUUUUUAUCGUAUUAAUCAAUCCCAUCGAAAAUGCCUACCUGGACGCAGAUGCAAGGACAGCUACGCAAUCCCAACAAUCCCGUGGUGUUUAUGGAUAUUACGGUCGGAACAGCGGAAAUUGGCCGCAUGGUGUUUGAACUGUACGCGGACGUGGUGCCCAAAACGUGCGAAAACUUCCGGCAGUUCUGUACCGGGGAGUACAAAAAGGAUGGCGUCCCGAUCGGGUACAAGGGUUCGAGCUUCCACCGAGUCAUCAAGGACUUUAUGAUACAGGGAGGAGAUUUCGUGAAUGGCGAUGGAACGGGCGUUAUGAGCAUUUACGGCAGUGCCACCUUCCCGGACGAACAUUUUCUGCUCAAGCACGACGCUCCUGGGCUGCUUUCGAUGGCCAACAGUGGGAAGGACACGAACGGAUGCCAGUUUUUCAUCACCUGCUCAAAGUGUAACUUCCUGGACUACAAGCACGUCGUGUUUGGGCGCGUGCUGGAUGGACUGCUGAUUAUGCGGAAGAUUGAGAAUGUUCCGACGGGACCGAACAACAAGCCGAAGUUGCCAGUAGUCAUAUCGCAGUGCGGACAGCUGUAACAGCAUUCCUGCAACUGAACAUCCCUGUGAAGUGUGCUGUAUAAAAGUGUAAUAAACCCAACGAGGCGCUGCCAGAAUCGUCGGACAUUAAAAAAAACACAACAUAUUGUCCUGCAUUAUGAAACAAUCCGUAAUGGUUAUGAAAACGACAACUUCACAAUGCUGAGACGCAAGCACACACACACACACAUACUCGCUGCGCACAGCCUGCUUCCUCUGAUGCCACAUUCCAGCUGUGGUGUGCGGAUGCCAUAAUUAACCACGCGGACUUCACACAGUCGGCCUUGAAAGUGGAGCUCUGGUGGAUUAUAUUUAUAAACAUGCUGGCUGCGACGACCUGGGUGAAGAAUAAAUAGUAGCCGCAGUGUUGCACGUAUCCUGUGCCCACUCUCCCCCACACAAAUCAGCGUCCUUCUUGAAAUUCAUAAACUAAAGCACACCCAAAGCCUACCAGAAGAAGAA